AUGUCGAUGUGUAAGUUUUACGCUGUGAUGGCGCUCUAUCCUGUAAUUAUUUACUGUAAAGAAGUUCUAAACUCAAACAAAAUCUGCGAUCAACUUUCCGAAAAUUUAAACGCCCGCUGCUACAUCAAAGAAAAUUUGGCCUCGCUGGUUCACAGUCCGAACCAAUUAGCCUUCCACUCGGUAACUAAUACGCUUUACUUUGGCUUUGACUCAGGCUUGGGGGAGUAUCUACCAGCUGUAUACAACAUUGACACUAAAAAGCUGACUGUUUUAAAAGGAGUUAAGGAUGCUUUUGCCAUGGCCAGCGAUGCGAACGAAGUUUACUUUGGCGGUAGUUACGGCAUUUAUAGAUACAAUCCAGUUUUAAAGAGACUCAAGAGACUCGGUGUUAGUAAUUUAGACAUCUGGUGGAUUCAAGCGAACGCGAAGAUCUAUUUCAUUAAGUUCCCAAGCCUCAGAUUGUAUUACUAUGAAAAUCGACAAAUCAAGCCAGUUCCGCAGUUGCGAAAUUCAACUAUCAACCAAUUUGUGUUCGAUUCUGAUAACAAUAUUUUUUUCAUUAACAGUACAGGCUUGUUCGGUGUUAAAAAUUGUUCUAAUAAUGUAAUACUUAUUAAAGAUAAUCCAAAAUUUCAUGGUAUCGCUGUUGAUACUUCUGGUCAUGUAUACCUUUGCAGCGAUGAUGGAGUCUAUGUUAUUGGUAAAAUGUUGCAAAAAGUAAAACUUGUUUAUAAUUUAAGUGGUGUUUUAGGUAUGACUUUUGAUAAAGAUAAUAAUCUUAUCUAUUCUGAUUCUCAUGAUAUAAUUCGACUAAAACCUGUUUCAAGUCAAUAA